UAGGAGUUCAAAUGUGCAAAUUGUAGUGCAGUAUUUACAGAUUGCACACCUAGAUAAAUUAUUUAAAGGUAUAGUGCGUCAUAUUUGCUAUAUUAAAACUUGCUCCUUCUCCGACUUAACCUCGUGCGACCCCGCGUAUACAUGCGUGGAUGUUGUAUUUUGGCUAUACGCAAUACGCAACGCAUAAUUUUAAUUAGUUUAAUCCGAUUGAUCUCAGUUCAGGAGACUCUGUGCUCUCAGUAAAGGGUUAAACUUUUGCGCAAGGAGUCAUGUGACAAAACAAAAUGGUGCCGAUCACAGCGGAGUUUGUCUUUAGGAGCAACACCAAUAAAACUACAUCUGGUAAGAAACCUAAUAAUUUUUUUUACAUUGAAAGUCAUUGUUUGAGUCAAAAUAUUACAGUCUCUACUUUCCUCUGAUUUGCCAAUUUAUUGCGAAACGCCACACUGCUAAAUACAUGUACACUAAUGUGUACUUCAGCACAUUUUUUCCUUAAAAAAAGCUAUAUUUACUGUGCAUAAUUUUAUUUGAACAUGGUUGGCAGUGAUUGGAUGAUGCAGGACACUAUUUUGAAUCUGAAUUAAUUAUGCAAAUUUCUAAUGUAAUGUCUGUAACAUCUCAAAAAUAUGAACAACCAACACUCCUGGAAACAAUAAACAAUUUGAUUUAAAAAAAAAAAAAAAAAAAAAAAAAAGAAUCUGAUUUUCUACAGUAUAGCUUGGUAUUAUUUAAAAUUUCACAACUUAGUCCCACUAUCCACAUACAAUAUGUUGCCAUCAAUUUUUAGGGAAACUAUUUGCUCUAGAUUUUAUUAAAUUUUUCUGCAUGUUUAUUAGGUGCUACUAGUUACAAAUCAAAAAGGGAAAUGGAAAAUGCACACAGCAGUCAUGCUCGGGUCUCAGGAAGUUAAUACGCAGAGGCAACUGAUUAAUUUGUAGGUGGAUUCCCUGAAAAAUGAAAAGAGUCUUUCUUCCUUUUAAAUGCUCUGUGUCAGCAUUUAAAGGCUCCUCAUUUCCUUAAGAUUAUUUGUAAAAGAUUAUUAUAAUUAUUUUUUGGUCAGAAUUUGCUAUGGAAAUAUGCACAGCCAUCCCGUGGCAGACAGGUCUAAAGCGAGGCUCAGCUCUGGAAGAAGAGCAGGGGACCAUUUUAGUAAAAGAGGAAGGAUUCUUCUUCAUCUACAGUCAGCUCUCCUUUUCCCAGGUGUACUACACUGACUCUACAUUCGCCAUGGGCCACAUCGUGAUUCGUAUAAAGAAAAACGUCGUAGGAGAUGAAAGUCAACAUGUCGUUCUGUUCCGCUGUAUUCAGAGCAUGAAUCGAGUCAAUCACUUCAACACCUGCUACACUGGAGGCAUAGUGAAGCUGGACUCUGGAGACAGAUUGGAGCUUCUGAUACCUCGUACACAUGCAAAUAUCUCUCUGGAUGGGGAUUCCACCUUCUUAGGAGCAAUAAAACUGGCUUGACUCUUGGACAGACAGUCAGUGACCUCGGUACUGCAGUCUGAACUUCUAAUUACUGCAGAGAGUGGCAGCAUCAUUGACAUAAAAGAGCUGCUCCUUGAAAAUUUCCUCAUAGAGCUGCGUUGUAUCCUGGAAGAUGAAUUCUUUGUACCAGCUUUGGUUCACACCCCAGUGCCAUUUUGUUGGACUUCCAAUUUUGACAUGAACGGAUAUGUGACAUUAACAGUUAACAGUUGUUUCAUUUAUACUGUAGAUUUAGAGACUAACAAGCGUCAAGCAAAUUGAGAAACAUCAUCAGUUCUAGGCAUUUUUAUGGAGUUAAAGUCAACAUGAAAUCAACAUCGACCCUAUUUACUUUCUUAAUGCACAUUCCUGAUCUUACUGUGUAUGAUUUAUCAAUGCACGCUGUUCCAAAUAAAACUUUUU